CGCGUGGCGGCGUUUGAUAUCAGACGAGUGAUAGUAAGCGACGCACUUGGAUCGACUUGUUGACGGAGUAGGUUUAGCUGGGGUGGGUGCUUCUCUUAUCACUCCUUGUGUUCUCUCGUAAAACCACAAGAGUGUCAUUGUGUAAACGUUGCCUUGUGUGUCCAUAGCCUAGCUUUAUAAGUCCAGAACUGCGACGAGUUCACCCAUGUGAGCAUCUGACAUUCAGCGAGAGGUGACGACAAUUUGAGUGGAAACAAGGUACGCUUAAGCUCGACGUAUUCUCCGGGCAGUUUUGGAACCAAUUAUAUCAAGCCCCCGUAAGAAGAAUGACCAACACCUAUGUAUGGGUGUGCUUGACAUGCAUGUACACGCUACCUUCCCUGGUCUUAUCUACGGAGGAACCACAUGAAAAACUCACGACCGGUACAAGAUUGAUUAGAUCUUUAGAUGAUGCUCGGACAGAUAUCCACGCUAUGACAAGAACCAUCGCAAGUUUGGACGACGAAUUAGCCAAUAAACAGAAACGAACAUGCAAUAUAGGCGUAAACAGUCAUUUCUGUGCCCUUGCCGACCUUGACAGUAAGAUCCGUUCUAGAGAAUGGCUGAACAGUAUAUACAGCCCCGGUAAACGUAGUAUGGAGGACAUGCAGCCAGAGAAAGAUGACACAGAUGACAUCACGAGAGAGUUGAAGGAACUAUUGCACAAGCGAAUAAACCUUGCCAAAUUGAAGGCUCUGCUGCGUGACGCCGAUCAGGAUAUAGUACAACAGAGGAAGAGAACGUGCAAAGUCGAAGUCGGCGGGACAUGUAGGACAGAGUGGGCUUCGUCUAUCGCUGACCAGUACUACUAUCUGCUGGGGCCACAUAGUCCUGGCAGGAGGCGAAGGAGGUCUCCAAUCCGCCUUUUCAAAAGGAAAAUCACCACGCAAAAACUAUUCGGAAAGCCUCUAAUGUGAUGACGAUUCUUUGAAUUAAAAAAACCUUUUAAUACAUUGAUAUGUUAUCAUCAUCUCUUUUUAAUCCAUCAACAUUUUUCCUUGUUAGAAACAUUUGAAAACUCGUGAUAUUAUAACUCCUUUCAAAUGCUUAUGUUAGCAAACAUGUAUAAGUAGCUUUUGCAAAUAAUUUAGUUAAAUAAAUUGCGCUAUUCUUACAAGAAUUGAAUUAUAACUGGUAUGAUGCUUGUUUUGGAAACAUGAGUGUUUGCUCCUCUGAAUAAGUAUUGCAUUUAUAGUGUUAUUUAACUUUCUGUAUGACAACAUAAUCCGAAUAUAGGGUUGGGACCAAUAGUCAAUAAAGUGUAUUGUACAACAAACGGCAUCUUUCUUUCUAUGAAGUAUUGUAAGUGAUGAAGUACUCGACACAGGUUGGGUACAUUUACGUGUAUCUAGGUGUGGGCUUAUGGAGUGAAUACGUGCCAAUGAGUUAAAAAUACCCUUCGGAGGUCUGAGUGGUACUCUCCUUAGAAUAAUCAUGUGAUACCUUUUCUAUGAAAAGUUUAUUUUUUGCCUCAUUACAUUAACAAACUUUGUAUUUAUUUCGCGAUUUUUGAUUUCGAUUUUGCUUCAUAAGAUCAACCUCCUUUAUAUUUGACUAGUAACUAAUGCAUUAACUCUGAGUUAUCAGUCUAGUAUUUUUUCUCGAGCAAUAUCGCUAAAAUAACAAAAUACAAAAGGAAAUGCCAUCAUAUAUACACGUUUGUUGCUUUGCUCUCGCUUCUGCUGUUCAUUGACAGGAUAUAAAUAAUAGUAAGUUCGGUUGCUUUUUAUAAAUAAUGAUAAGAUUGUAAAAGCCUCCCAAUCAAUUGUUGUUGAUGUCCUUCUUGUACAUGUUAUUCUUUGUUUAUUUUGCUGUUAUUUCAUAUUCGAUAACCAGCGCUUAGGUCAUUCCUGUAUCAUUAAUUGAAGUCUAUAGGUGGUUUAUUGUCAAGUCCAUAUUUUCACAUAUUUCUCACAGUCUCAGACGUCGGACAUUGCUUCUGCUAUGGUCAGUGUCUGAAAACAUUUUUGUUUUACGUAUACAUGAAGACAUUGUUAUAUACAUCUCCUGUUUGAACAUAUAUGUACGUUUCUUACGAAUAAAUGCAGAAUCUGUCAAUA